AUGGCACACAAAUUCCCUCCCGUGCAAGGAGGAGGCUCCCUCAUAGUCGCCUGGCAGGCGAAAGCGAAACAUGUUCUAGUUGUCGGUGGUGGAGAAGUAGCUGCAGGUCGCAUCCUCCACGCCCUCAAUGCCGAUGCCAAAGUAACCGUCGUCUGUCCUACCUCCGGCCUCAAUGAUGAAGUGGCAUUCAGGGUAGCAGAAGGACAAGUUAAUCACAUCGACAGGAACUUUGAGGCUGCCGAUCUGGAUGGCGCAGAUAUGGUACUCUGUGCCAUUGAUGACCCGGAAGCCUCGACACAGGUCUGGAAGCUCUGCAAGGAGAAGCGCAUCCCUGCAAACAUAGCUGAUGUACCGUCGGAAUGUGAUUUUUACUUUGGUAGCGUCCAUCGCGAUGGGCCAUUGCAGGUCAUGGUCAGUACCAAUGGGAACGGACCCAAAUUGGCCAGCAUUGUUCGCAAGAAAAUAGCGGACACCCUCCCCGACAAUAUGGGCGCAGCUAUAGACAACGUUGGUAAGCUGCGGAGGAAGCUCAGAGAUGUCGCCCCAAAUCCUGACCAAGGCCCGAAACGAAUGAAGUGGAUGUCUGGAGUUUGUGAGUCAUGGAGCUUAGAGGAUCUUGUUCAGAUGGACGACAGUGACAUGGACGGUCUCUUAGCCCAUUACGCAUCCGGGAAGAUCCCGACCCUGAAUGAAGUUCGGUCCUCUUGA